UGGAUAGGCGGCUUGGUUUCUGUCUACAAUAGGCCUAAUAUCGACAUUUUUUUAGUUACGCUAAAUAAACACAAAUUAGUGUCGGAAUUAAUUAACUUUUCGGUUGUUCUGAUAUCCUUCAGAAUACUUUCUAUAUGGGAAAAAUUACAACCUAUUCGUAAUGACGUGUGGAUUUACCUGCGAGACACCUGUCGCUGUUGCCAUCCUAUUGAAGACAAUGGACCGAGGCUGUCGAUAAUAAUUCUCAUGGCUUGUAGAAGUUGACCGAAACUAGACAAAUAAUAAAAAAAUUCAAGCACAGUGAAAUCAAAUUUGGGUCAAUUUCCACACGUGACGUUCUUCUGUCAUGGAUUCGUUGGAUUCUGGAACGAAGUUUACCCCGAAAACGCAGGAUGAUGACUGGGAAAAUUCUGUCACAUUCUUGCCAGCCCCAGACACCAAGAAGCUGGAGAAAAAUAGAGGGAGUAAAACACUUUUUGUUGGGAUUGGCCUCGUGGGGUUGGCAGCAGUCAUUGCGCUGACGACAGGCCUGCUGGUUUGGCAUUUUCACUUGCGGAGAGGAGAGGUGCGAUUGACAAAGAUGUACAUUGGCUCUAUGAGUAUCACCAACCAAAGAUUUAUAGAUUCCUACGACAACCCCAACAGCAAUGAGUUCAAACAACUGGCCAUGCAGGUGUCACAGCAGCUGAAGGGGAUCUACUCUAAAUACAAAGAUCUGGAUAAAUAUUUAGUGGGAUCCACAGUGCAAGCCUUCAGUGAAGGCAACAGAGGGAGUGAGGACAAUGUAGUGGCCUACUACCUGUCUGAGUUUGAUGUACCGAUCGGUCGGGGGUCUGCAGUGGAUGCAGCUAUUGGCUCCAUGGAUCCGAUGGAGGGAAGUCCGAAGGGGAGGAUGGGGACGGGUCGCCGGCCAUCCAGCUCCCUGCUCAUCAACAAUGUGAUGUCUGGAGCUCUGGAUGCACGUAUGACACAGGCCUUAUUGAAUGCCCCCCAAACCUAUUCCUAUCACAUCAGUGAGAAUCACACGGCCACAUUACAGUCACCUGGCUUUCCUGAUUCUCCAUACCCUCCAAACACAUAUGUGUCGUGGAGACUACAUGCUGACCGAGGCUACAGGAUUAAACUGGAGUUUGACACCUUCAACUUGGAGGCUGACUGUCAGAAUGACUUCAUCAAGGUGUAUGACUCCCUGGUGCCAUUGGAGCAGCAGGUCAUGGCAGAGAAAUGUGGAUAUUACACUCGCAAUGAGCCUCUGUCGUUCAUUUCCUCUGGAAACGUCAUGCUGCUGAUUCUGGUAACCAACAAGCAGAAGAACUUCCCUGGCUUCAGAGCCACCUACUCUCAGGUUCCCCUCAAUAGCCAAGAUUGUGGUGGUCAAUUAUCAGGACUUAAUGGCACCUUCACAUCUCCAAACUUUCCCUCCCAUUACCCACCUCUGACCAAGUGUGUCUGGGACAUUGAGGUCCCAAAAGGGAAGUCUGUCAAGGUGCAGUUCAACAAGCUGUUGAUGUCUGAGCCAGGACAGAACAAUAAUAAUUGUCCUAAGGACUACGUAGAGAUCAACAGUGAAAAGCUAUGUGGCGAUAAGCCAUACAGCACUGUGGUCACCAGCACAGUCAACAAGAUAGUAGUGAUAUUUAACUCUGACAUGUCCUAUGUGGAUUCAGGUUUCACUGCUGAGUUUGAAGCCUUUGUGCCAACUACUCAGUGUGAGCCAGAUCAAAUCAAAUGUAGAAAUGGUCUUUGUAAAGUCAAGUUCUGGCAGUGUGAUGGAGUCAAUGACUGUGGGGACAGCACAGACGAGGAAAACUGUGGGAGUUGUAAAUCAGGUGAGUUUACCUGUCGAACUGGAAGCUGUAUCUCAGAGAGACUGAAAUGUGAUGGCCGUGCUGACUGUGCUGACGGCUCUGAUGAAUCAAAUUGCGCAAAAUCUCUAGCCCUGCAAUGCUCAGAGAAUACUUACAAGUGUAAGAACAACAUGUGCAUCAGCAAGCUGAACCCAGAGUGCGAUGAAGAAGAGGACUGUGAUGAUGGCUCAGACGAGGCAGACUGUCAGUGUGGUAUACGGCCUUACAGACACUCCCGUAUUGUGGGUGGGCAGGCCUCCAUUGAGGGGGAGUGGCCCUGGCAGGUUAGCCUUCACAUCCGAGGGUCUAGCCAUGUGUGUGGAGCCUCAGUUAUCAACGACCGCUGGCUCGUCACUGCUGCCCACUGUGUCCAGGAUGACAUCAAAGUCAAGUAUUCUCAACCUCAACAAUGGGAAGCAUACCUUGGACUUCAUGUUCAGAGUCAGACUAACAAGUGGACGCUGAAGAAGAACCUGAAACGGAUCAUCCAGCACCCUGGCUACCAAGCCGACACCUAUGACAAUGACAUAGCUCUUAUGGAACUGGACAGUCCUGUCACACUCAACCAGAACAUCUGGCCAAUCUGCCUGCCCACGGCCAGGCAUUACUUCCCUGCUGGCAAGCCAGUGUGGAUCACUGGCUGGGGGACCACCAGAGAGGGGGGUUUCGAGGCAUCAAUGUUGCAGAAGGCAGAGGUCCGUAUCAUCAAUGCCACAGUAUGUAACACCCUGAUGGAAGGGCAGACCACUUCCAACAUGUUAUGUGCUGGUGUACUGGACGGAGGAGUAGAUGCCUGUCAGGGAGACUCUGGAGGUCCGUUGUCCUCCAUGGAGGACAGUGGACGUUUCUUCUUGGCCGGAGUGGUGAGCUGGGGGGACGGCUGUGCCCGCAGGAACAAGCCUGGCGUCUACACCCAAGUCACCAAAUACAGGGACUGGAUAAAGCAGAAGACUGGGGUGUAGCUGAGAAGACCAGGGUCUAGCUGAGUGGGAAACCUGGUUGUCAAGCCUGAGCAAUACUUAGCCCUCAGAAGAUUGGUCAUUGUCCAAGUUUUUUAAAUCAUCAGACCUUUGAUUGAUAUGCAUUAAGGUUAUUAUAGUAAACUAAUGCAGAAACUAAAACAAAAAUGAAUCUUGAAAAAACGAUUUAGUAAACUGAA